CGGCUGGGGGGCGAGUGAGCCGGGACCCGCCUGUCCGCGUGGGGGCGCGACCCGCGGGCGCCCGGAGGCCCUGGCGAUGGGCCGCGGGUGACCCGGCUUGUGUGCUCCUAGGUGCGGUCCCGCGGCGCCAUGGCCGGGAAUCUCUCCCCCGGGGGAGCCGGCGGCCCCCGCUCGCGUCUCGGCUUCCGAGCCAGCUGCAGGAUGGUGCUGAACUUGCUGCGGGACACCGAGGUCUCGCUGCCCUUCACCCCGGAGCUGCCCCGCACCCCGGUCACCGCCCUCGCUCGGGGCCUUAGGAACCUCAGCGCCUUGGCUGGGGAUACACCAAAGUGCUGUCUAGAUCUGUCUGAUCUCAGCAGUGGUGAGGAGAUGCCUGCCUUCAAUUUCACCCAUUCCCCAGACAUGGCUGUUGCAGGUCAGGUGGACUCCUCAGGACCUCAGGAUGGGCUAGAGGCACAGAGGCAGAAUGUAAAAUCUUUCCUGCCCCAGGUAUUAUGCAGCACACCGAGUUCCCCAGGCUCCAUGCAGCGAGAGGGCAACAAGAUAGACAACUCCCUGAACAUGGAAAACGAGGGCCGCUGGUUUAAGCACCCAGGGUGGCAAAUGCCUAGGUCCCUGCUGUUUCGAAAGAGAGCAACAGCUCAGCUGGAUGCAGGGGGCUUGGAGGAGUGUGAAGUGAAAGAUUUGGGCAGCCCAAUUGCUGCAGUGGCACCGCAUCCAUGCAGAAUGGCAGAGAACUUGGACAGCUUUGAAGAGCUCUUCCCCAAUGAACAAGAAGACAUGGAGAAACCAGUGGCUGGGAAUCUGUCCUCCAGCAUGGCUGUCCUGCUCUCUGGACCCCUCCUCACACAGGACAUCAAUGUCAGUGAAAUCUCUAUCAACAGAAGUCGCCUGUACCGCUCACCAUCCAUGCCAGAGAAGUUGGACAGACCGGUGCUGAAGCGAAUAGUGAGAUGCCAGGACAAUGAAACUCCAGUCAAGGUGAAACUGAGACGCAACCCUGUCUAUGAGGAGCUGGAGCAGGGCGCAACUCUGAAGAAGGCGGCCUCACUCUCAGACAUGGAAAUUGUCAAAGUUCUUGAUCAGGACUAUGGCUUCCGACAGCUCAUCGGGGACUUCUCUAAGGUGUAUGCGCUGCCAACAGUGACAGGAAGGCAACAGGAUCUGAGAUACAUCACUCCGGAGACUGUGGCUGCUCUUCUCUUUGGGCAAUUCCAAAGCUUGAUUGAGACAUUCUACAUCAUCGACUGUCGCUACCCCUAUGAGUAUCGGGGGGGGCACAUAAAGGGGGCUCUGAACUUUCACAGGCAGGAAGAGGUCUUUGAGUUCUUGCUGAAGAAGCCUCUGUUCCCGUCCACGCCACAGAAACGCAUUGUCCUUGUGUUCCACUGUGAAUUCUCCUCAGAACGGGGCCCCAAGAUGUGCCGCUAUCUGAGGGCAGAAGAUCGAGCCAUGAAUGAGUACCCUGCACUGCACUAUCCUGAGCUCUACGUCCUGAAGGGAGGCUACAAGGAGUUCUUCCCUGAGUACAAGGAGCUCUGUGAACCCCAGGACUACUGUCCAAUGCACCACCAGGACUACAAGGCAGAAUUGCUGAAAUUCCGUACCAAGAGCAAGUUGUGGGCUGGAGACCGGAGGAGACGCGACCAAAUCGCUCGUCUCAUGAAGCUGUGAGGGCAGAGGCAGCAGCCUUGAGUGGGCACUGCUUGGAAGGGCUCUGCCUUGCACAGCAACAGUGUUUUUUCUCUUGGAAGUGGGUCACUCAGUGACAGUCAGAGGCUGGAAAGUGGGAACCUGCCUUGUCCUGUGGAAACUGCAGCCACCUUCAGCCAUUUCAGAUGCUAACAAAUGCUACAGGAAGGCUGGUUAAAAAAGGUCUUGAUUCUUGAUGCUGCAUUUUGGAAAGACUGUGGCUGAGCAGGACCCGGGUGGACCUAGCAGUCUGUAAGGAAACGGGGCCUCCUUCACAUGGAAGGCACAGAGCGGGCCAGGUUCUAGGCUGCCUCUCAAUGUUGUGCCCCCCAUUGCAGGGCAGGCUAUGUCACAGCCUGAGCUUUGACUCCUUUUUCCAUCUCCUGCUUCUAGCAGGAACCUCCGUGUUUCUCCUCACUGUUACUCUAGGUUUUGCAUUUAAUUGUCUCUCUUUAGUGACAGAAUAAACAGAUACCAAAGUGCUUGAUUUGAACAGCUCUCCCUGUCCCUCCAGCCUGGUGACUCCCACCCAUUUGUACCAUUAGGAUAUUAUUAAAUCAUCUUGUGGCAGAAGCCCCUGGGUGACUAAACAGAUGCCAAAUCCUGGCCUGUGAUUGGCUGAGAAGUCCUGUGAUGUGUAAGCCUCUAUAAGGUUAACACUGAAGGCUGGAACAAUGUUAACCAAUCAGAUAACAUCUCUGCUGCAUCCUUAUUAGCAUCUCACAGUCACUUAAGGAAUUGAUGAACAGCAGCUAAUCAAAUCACAUAUGCAAAUCUUUGCUUCCUGCUUGGCUCACUAGGAUAUUGACUUCUACCAUUAUCUCCAUUUAGAAUGUUGGGGAAAAGACAAGUUUGAAAUUCCCACCCAUAAAGAGGGGGAGUUAACCAUUUAUAUGGAUAAGGAGAACAUCCCAUUAGGAGGAAUAUGAAUCCUGUUUCAAGGCACAUGCCAACUGCCAAAGUUAGGAAGACCUCAGGGGCAGGUUAUUCCAAAAUUGUCCAUUACGGGUUUGUUUUUUUGCACCUUCCUCUGAAGCUUUUAGCAGGGGCACUCUGACAGGAGCCCUGGGCUAGAAAUCCUUAUGUCCCAGUUAUACUUUGCAUGGACAUUGAGAAUGUAUAUAAUAAAACAGGCUGUCUUGUUCUUGAGGUAAACAAUGACCCAGGCAAAUAAAUACUGAUGCUAAUUGAAACACAAUUAUUCUCCAUACACUAGAGGAGUGUGUACUGCUUUACAGCUAAGUAAGAGAUGGUCCCAGCUCCAAGGAGUCUGCAGUGUAGAUUAGAAAAGGCAUGGUAUAGAGGAGAUGGUAUUGGCCUGAGGGUGGGGACAGUGUGUUGUCUUGGACACAAUCUGUGCUAUUUUUCUGUGUGUUAGAAUUUUGAAUUUACCUACUGUGAGAAAAUGUUAAUUUGUUUGCUAUUUACAUUGUCAGUAGCUUCUACCUUGUUCCUUCUGCUCCCGAAAAGCAAUAGGUCUGGGGCCCACAAAGCAGGAAAGAUUGGGUGAGUUCACAUUUACUUCUUUCAAUCUAUCCCAGCCAAUCUGGAAGCAACAAAGUCCAAAUAUCUUCCUUCGACUCUGAGGAACACAAGCUUUCUUUCUGCACAGCCUCUGUAACUAAGAUCAAUGAUAGGAAUAAGUUCUUGUAGUGUCCUGACUCUGAGCACAGCUCCACGUCUGUGUUUGCUUGGACAGAAGAGAUGUUUAGCCUAUUCCAUGCUGUCUUACAAGGCCAGCUCCUUAAGCUGUCUGUAAAGCUUACUGGGGUACUGUAUAAGGAAGUUCAGGGGGAGCACAGGGCUGGGGAGGAGCACAAAGCUGCUGCUAGGUGAAACAAUUCCACCAGAUGGCACUGCUGCAGUAUAGUUAAGGUGAAGAGAUGAAGAUGUCCCCAUUGUCGGCUGGACUCUAGGCAUAUUUGAUAUCUGGGCAGGGGAUGUCAACACCAGUACAUAUGCUCCAUGAAACAGUGCAGGAGGGGAAGCACAGAGAAUGGGGGCAUCCCUACAGUUCUUGUGUGUUCUCCAGGGGGCAAUCUUGCACUUAUCCCCAGAGGCUGGAUGCAAGGGACUCUUCCCUCCACCGUGUAAUCCACUGGCCAGCCCAGGAGCUUUACACCAUAGCCUUCAUACUCACCAAAAGGAGUGAGUGCCAGGUUCCUGUGGUGUCUCUGAUCUGCCUCACCCUGCUGCCUUCCUGGGAAUGUUUCCUCCUGGUGAUUGGGCAUUUGUGACUGAGUUGUGGUUUGGCUUUUUUUCUUUUCCAGGUUUCAUCUCCCAUUCUGUAGUAAGCUGUCUCCCCGGGAUGGGAGAGCAAAGUGCACAUGGCCAUAAGAUGAGAGAGCCUCUCUGCUCCCCCUACAUACUGCUGCUUCUGCAGGAGCUUGUGGCAAACACCUCUGAAAUUGGACUUUUUCAGUACAUUGCAUCCAACUCAACCUGUUCUCUUUAUUCCCCUGGCUGACCCUCCAAGGUGUCCCCAGGUGCAGAGUUCAGCUUGCCAUCUAUGGAUCCAGGAGCUGCAGGUGUCUCUUAGGAAGAAUGAGUUACCUGUAGAAUGAGCUUGCAUAACUCCCUUCACUAGCUUCCCCUCUCAGGGCCACAGAACUUGGGGUCCAGUCUGAGUGUGAGCAUCUACACAGUGAUUUUUGAGCUCCCUGAGCCUGAGUUAGAUGACUCAACCCAGACAUGUGCAGACGUAGCCUAAACGUGCUGAGUACUCAGUAAAUAUAAUUAAACUAAUCCUUGAAAGGUUGGUUGAAAUCUACUCUGCUGGGAGGAAUGGGGGCUGAUGUCUGUAAGAAGAUAAAGCAAAGGCAUGAGAACUUCCAAAAACCCUGUUGCCAGGGACUUAAUUUGGAGGAUGCUGCCUCUGUGGACACAGCAGCUGUGUUGUGGUUCAAAGUCCUGCUGUGGGGGAGAGGCCUGUACCUCAGUCUCUCCUGGUAGAGUCACUGCAGCACCUGAUCCUGCUGAUAAGGAGCAAAGCAAACACCAGCCCCAGCGCUGCUGCCUUCCACGUGCCCAUCUUUAUUACUAGAGCCCUGCACGGAUACAAAAUUUGUAUCCACAUCUGAUCCGUGAUCCGCAAAAAUGAUCCGUGGAUAUAAAGCAGAUAUCUGCAGAUUUGUAGGGCUUUAGAUAUAAAAUUUGGAUCCGCCUCCAUCCACAAUCUGCAAAAAAUGGUCCAUGGAUGUCCACGGAUUUGCAGGGCUCUAUUAUUACAAUCAAAAAGGGCAAAUGUACAAGUUUGGCUGAAAUAAAAAUGCUGCUAGAGCCAGUGGGAAGCUGCAUCCUCUGUGGGGAGGAGAAGAAAGGAUUAACCAGCAGUAUCUGUUCCUGUAGUUUGUCUCCAGCUCAUGGCUUGAGGUGAAGGGGGAUUCAUAGAUUCCCAGGCCAGAAGGGAUCCUUGUGAUCAUCUAAUUGGACCUUCUGUAUAAAACAGGCCACAGAACAUCGCCAAAAUAAUUGCUGGAGCAGAUUUUAGAAAAACAUCCAACCUUGAUGUAAAAAUGGUCAGUAAUGGAGAAUCCACCAAGGUAAAUUGUUCCAGUGGUUAACUCAGGGGUCUCAAACACACAACCUGCGGGCCACAUGCUCGGAGUGGAAGUUUUCUGUAACAUUUUUAUAAUUCCUAGUCGAGCCUCAGUCUCCUUGACUUUACGCUUUGACUGGGGGGUUGGAAAGGGUUACGCAGUACAGGAAACGGCCCACAGCCGCAUGUUUGAGACCCCUGGUGUAGAUCAUCAUCAGUGUUACUGACCACAUAAGGAAUAGUUACAGGUGUUUAUAUUUUAUUAAAACCCCUCUUCGCAUUACAGUUUUAAAAAAGUUAAUACAUUGAGUUUUAAUAGCAUACUAUAUUACUCUUCAUUUUUUUCAUUUUUGACUAUACUUUUGUAUCAUAUGAGAAGGUGUCAGUGAUGCGGCCCUCAGGCCAAUGUACUAGUCCUCAUGUGGCCCUCGUGGUGAUUUGAGUUUGAGAUCCGUGGGUUAACUACUCUCACGGUUAAAAAUGUACGCAUUACUUCCAGUUUGAAUUUGUCUAGCUUCAACUUCCAGCCAUUGGAUCAUGUUAGCCCUCUCGCGGCUAGCUUGAAGACUCUAUUAUUAAAUAGUUGUUCCCCAUGUAGAUACUUACAUACUGUAAUCAACCUUUUCUUUGUUAGACUCAAAAGAGUUCAAUCUAUUUAGCCAAGCUCUGGAAGGCAUGUUUUCUAAUUCUUUAAUCAGUCUUGUGGCUUUUCUCUGAACCCUUUCCAAUUUAUCAACAUCUUUUUUGAAUUGGGGACACCAGCACUGGACAUAGUAUUCCAGCAGUGGUCAUACCAGUGCUAAAUACAGAAGUAAAAUAACCUCUCUACCCCUACUCAAGAUUCCCCUGUUUAUGCAUCCCAGGAUUUCACUAGCUCUUUUGGCCAUCAAGAUCUCUAUCAAGCAUUCUUAAAACUACAAUACCCACCUGCUGAAGUGAAAAAACAGAUUGACAGAGCCAGAUGAGUACCCAGAAGUCACCUCCUACAAGACAGGCCCAACAAAGAAAAUAACAGAACACCACUAGCUGUCACCUUCAGCCCCCAACUAAAACCUCUCCAGCGCAUCAUCAGAGAUCUACAACCUAUCCUGAAAGAUGAUCCUUUACUCUCACAGAUCUUGGGAGACAGACCUGUCCUCGCUUACAGACAACCCCCCAACCUAA